AUGGCUUCCGGAGACCUGCGGCAACGGACGAAGCCGGCGCCCACCGACAACGGCGAUCCGCCUGCUGCAAACCUCAAUGCCGGCACCACGACGCUCACGGAUCCCAAAGUAGCCCAUCCCUCCGGAAAGAGGAAACAUGGCCGCUUGAUCCGGUGGUUCAGAGGGUUUUCCUUCGCCGUUUACUUCCUGUCAUCAUGCAUCGCCAUCAACCUGACCCAGAUAGUCGGCGCGCCGCUCUACUGGCUCAACCGCGACCUCUACUACGCCUACAUGGCCCUGACCAAGCAGUCCUUCGGCCUCCUGAUCACGAGCAUGACGUACUGGUGGGGCCCCACGACGAUACGCAUCAGCGGCGACGAUUCGGUCGCCGGGCAGAUCAAGCGCACCGCCGACGGCCGCGUCGAGUUCGCCUUCCCCGAGCGCCUCGUCCUCAUCGCCAACCACCAGAUCUACACCGACUGGCUGUACCUGUGGUGGGUCGGCUACGCCAACAGCCCCCAGAUGCACGGCUACCUCUACAUCAUCCUCAAGGAGUCCCUCAAGUACAUCCCCGUCAUCGGCACCGGCAUGAUGUUCUACGGGUUCAUCUUCAUGUCCCGCAAGAUGGCCGUCGACCAGCCCCGCAUGGCCCACCGCCUCGGCAAGCUCAAGACGCGCCACACCGCCCCCGACGGCCGGUCCUACCUCAACCCCAUGUGGCUGCUGCUCUUCCCCGAGGGCACCAACCUCUCCAACAACGGGCGCGCCAAGUCGGCCAGGUGGGCCGAGAAGUCGGGCCUGGUCGACAUGCAGCACCUGCUGCUCCCCCGGAGCACGGGCAUGUACUUCUGCCUGAGCGAGCUCAAGGACACGGUCGAGUACGUGUACGACUGCACCGUGGCGUACGAGGGUGUACCGCGCGGUGGCUACGGCGAGGAAUACUUUGGCCUCUCGAGCACCUACUUCGAGGGCCGCGCCCCCAAGUCGGUCAACUUCCACUGGCGCCGCUUCCGCAUCGCCGACAUCCCCCUGUCCGACGCCAAGGAGUUCGAGCUGUGGCUGCGCGAGCGCUGGUACGAGAAGGACGCCCUCAUGGAGGAGUACCUCGCCACCGGCCGCUUCCCCGCCAGCCCCGAGGCCAUCGUCGACUCCAAGGGCCUGCAGGGCAGGACGGGCGCCUACGUCGAGACCGAGGUCCGCACGCGCUACCCCUUUGAGUUUGUGCAGAUCUUUGUCGUCCUCGGCGUGUUCGGCCUGGUCUGGAAUGUCCUGGGCAAGAUGUGGGCCAACACGGUGGGCGUCUUCCGGUGA